GUUGGUGAGUUUCCUUAAUUGUUUUGCUUCAAUUCUCUCUUGUAGUUGGUUUUGAUCAAUGGCAGAAGAUUUGCAUAAUGCCAAAACACUGGUAAAGAUAAAUUACGACUGGCAGGUGCAAAAUUACAAGGGGUAUAAGACUCAAGGGUACGGGGAAGCACUCGAGAGCCCUCGAUUUCCCGGGCCGAAUGGCCAUUCGUUCAAGAUCAAAUUCUACCCGGGAGGAGCUACGCUACCCGACUACAUUGACAACCGUGCAUCACUCGCCAUCGAAACUACACAAACAGCUCAGUUGGUUCUGGCUUUCCGGGCUAUGGAUCCAUAUGGUAUAACACACACCGACAAGGUUUCCUCAUUUGAUCAAAGACAAAUGUUUAGACGUGUGUUUACUGUCCAAGCUGGACAUACGUCUCCCACUCUUCUUAUGUUUAGAGCCAGUAUUGAACCCUUGAUAGGAUAUUCCCUAAAGAUUAAGGCAACCAUUGGGGUUUUUAUCGAUACCAUCAGCCCGCCAACUGAUCCUUUCCUGUUUUUUCGAGUAUAUGAUCAACGAUUCUUCGCAGAGCGGUCUAUAAUAGAAAAACGAUGCCCGGCUCUUCUAUCAAAUCACCAUGCCGAUGGCGACAUUGUAAUUCGGCAUGUUGAUUCAUAUAUAUUUGCGGCUCUGUUAUGGUUCAUAUAUAACAGGAGGCUUCAUUCUUGGGACCGACAAUUUAUCCUAAACUCCAACAGGCGUGAUCCCAAUUCGUUUCGCACGAGGAUCAGGAAAGUAGCUAUACUCUAUGAAUUGCCCGGUUUCGCUGACUAUUCGUUGGUGAAAUUGGAAGAUUUAUAUCGCCCAUUCUUGAAAGCAUGGAACACUUUACGGAAGAUUACCAAAGUUAAGAGCAAGGUAGAUAAAAUUAUGUCUGAUCCAUAAGCAAGUGAUUCACAAAUGAUGGAUUAUUGAAGGAAGAUUGGUGUGAUCAGAUUUUAUUAAUAAAUUUACAAAAAUACUUAGUAGAGAGAGCUACUUCAUUUUUUCUGUUAGGCGUUGUUGAUUACUUUCAUUCUAUUGAGUUUCGGUUGCGAUACAUUACGCCGUUGACAUAUUUCACUUUAUUUUUUCUUAG